AUGGAAACAGACUGCAUUCGUUUUGUGAGAAAGUUUCAUCAAAGUCACAUUCGUGGUGAUUUGAUUCGGAUUCCACCGAAUAAGUUAUAUGUGACGAGUUCUCCUUGGACGUUUGUAGCUUGGGGCAUGGAUAUCAUUUGCCCUAUUGAGCUAUCCGCCUCAAAUGGACACAGCUUCAUUCUGGUAGCUAUUGGUUUCUUCACGAAGUGGGUAGAAGCAUCUUCAUACAAGUAUGUGACAAAAAAGGUGGUGACAUAUUUUGUCUGCAAUAACCUCAUUUGUAGAUAUGGGAUCCCUGAGUCAAUUAUUACAGAUAAUGGAGCUAAUCUCAGUAUCGGCUUGAUGCAUGAGAUAUGUGAGAAGUUCAAAAUUAUUCACCACAAUUCAACUCCUUAUCGACCUCAGAUGAAUGGCACAUUGAGGGAGCCAACAAAAAUAUCAAGACGAUAUUGCAGAAAAUGA